AUGACGACUCCAAGAUCAUUUAAUGAGAUCAAGGAAAUUUUCAUGAAUAUUGGAUUCAAUUAUGAUCAUGAAGCUCUUGAAACCUUUUACAACCAAUUGGCUCAGCAAGAUUCAAAGGGAGAAGUCAGUAUUGAAUCCUUCCGCCAUUUUCUCAACUGUCUGCCCUCUGUUCAUUAUCUAUCUAUUGAUCUAUCUCCAUCUGUUUUUAUCUGUCUGUAUCUGUUCAUAUCUAUCUCAAUCUGUUCAUUAUCUAUCUAUCUAUCUAUCUAUCUAUCUCAAACUGUUCAUUAUCUAUGUAUGUAUCUGUCUAUCUCUAUCUGUUAUCUGUCUGUCUGUCUAUAUAUCUAUCUUUCUAUCUGUUCAUAUCUAUCUCAAUCUGUUCAUUAUGUAUGUAUGUAUGAAUGUCAGUCUGUUUACAUCUAUCUAUCUAUCUAUCUAUCUAUCUAUCUAUCUAUCUAUCUAUCUAUCUAA